CAGCUGACGAUAUGAGCCGCUCACAAGACCAGCUGUGACUUGUUAUUGUUGCUAACAAGGUUUGAUUUACCAAUUGGUAAUUGUCGAGGUUGGAUUCUUUUUAUACUGUGACGACGUUUUGAAAUCUCCGCGCUUUGCUGCUGUUCCUCUUUUUGUUGACGAUCGCACCACAAGAACACAUCCUUGAACGUAUGUGUGACCCACAGUAGACUAGCUUCAGUCUACUCUUUUCUGAGACUGUAAUCGGUGCUGUAGAGGUUACUGAGUUGUUGUGCACUGUAGGGGCAAGUUGGGAGCAGCAACCCGAUGUUAUACUUGAUCGGGGUUUAAGGGUUAGCCACCAUGCAUACGUUUAAAGUAUGCUUCGUUGGCUUUUCUUGUCUCUUUGUCAUGGUGACCUUGAUCCAUUUCGCUUCAUCAAUCCCUCUGCAAGAAAAGGAUUUUGGUCAGUUGCGUUUUGUAGAACAACUGGAUCGUUUUGGCGUUGGAUUCGGCUGGCGGAACCUCACGUGUCCUCUGUGCAAAACACUUUUCACCAUCCUAGACAUCGCUUUGUUGAGUGACACAAAUAAACAGCGAGUGGCUCACGCCAUGGGCGAAGCCUGCGUCCAUCUGCAUCUGGCGGACGAGCAUGUGUGCCGAGAGAUAACAGAGCUGUUCAGCGACGACUUCAUCACCACGCUGCAGCAGUCGCUCCUGUGGCCCUCGGAGGCCUGCGCCAUCGUGGUGGGCCCCUCCUGUGGCCACUUCGACAUCUACGCGCCCUGGAACGUCACCCUGCCGUCUGUGCCAAAGCCCCCAGUCACCCCGCCCGUACCGCCCAGUCCUGGCGCCCCCCAGAGCAGGGUGCUCUUCCUCACCGACAUCCACUGGGACCGGGAGUACGCCGAGGGCAGCGCUGUUGACUGCAAGGACCCGCUGUGCUGCCGGAAUAGCUCGGGGUUGCCCAGCUGGAAGCACCACGGGGCUGGAUUCUGGGGCACCUACAGCAAGUGUGACCUGCCGCUGCGCACUGUGGAGAACCUCCUCGAGAACGUGGCCAAGGACGGGCCCUGGGACUGGGUGUACUGGACGGGCGACAUACCGGCGCACAACGUGUGGGCGCAGACGCGGGCGCAGCAGCUGAACGAGCUAACAACCAUCUCCAGGCUCAUCCGCAAGCACCUGGGCCCCAACGUCACCGUGUACCCGGCCGUGGGCAACCACGAGAGCACGCCGGUCAACAGCUUCCCCCCGCCCUUCAUCCAUGGCAAUCGCUCGUCCACCUGGCUCUACGACACCAUGGCGGAGGAGUGGGCCCCGUGGCUGCCACCUCAGGCCCUCAAGACCAUCAGGCGUGCCGGUUUCUUCACGGUCCAGAUCCAGCCCGGUUUGAGGCUGGUGUCCCUGAACAUGAACUUCUGUGCCCGAGAGAACUACUGGCUGAUGGUGAACUCCACAGACCCGGCUGACCAGCUGCAGUGGCUCGUCCACAUCCUCCAGGAAGCCGAGAACAAGGGGGAGAAGGUUCAUAUCAUCGGCCACAUCCCGCCUGGACUUUGUCUAGCCAGCUGGAGCUGGAACUACUAUCACAUAAUCAACAGGUAUGAAGGCACCAUCACGGGCCAGUUCUUUGGUCACACCCACGUUGAUGAGUUUCAGGUGUUUUAUGACGAGGAGACCAUGACCCGGCCGCUGAGCAUAGCCUACAUCGCUCCGAGUGUUACCACCUACAUUAACCUCAACCCAGGCUAUCGUGUGUAUUACGUGGAUGGAAACUACCCUGGCAGUUCCCGUUUCGUCCUGGAUCACCAGACAUACAUCCUCAAUCUCACCGAGGUCAACGACCACCUCGAUUCGACCUCGCCCCCCUCCGCACCUGACCCCAACCCCAAAUGGAACCUCCUGUACCAGGCCACUAAGGCCUAUGGCUUACCCAGCCUCCUCCCCUCCAACUGGAACAGUCUCAUCCAGACCUUUGUGCGGGAUGACCAGUACUUCCAGAUGUACUGGUACCUGAGGCACAAGGGCCACGUGUCGAAGCCUUGUAAAGAAACCUGCAAGACGGCCAUCAUCUGCUUCCUGCGUAGCGGCCGCUACGAUGAGCUGCAGCAGUGCGACGCGGGCCUCACCCGAAAGGAAGCCGCUUCACUCAUGAAACCCAUGUGUUGACAUUUCACGGGUGUGGAGGCGGGGGUGUUGGAUGUUGGCAGAGAAAAUGGAUCACGGUUCAUCUUUCAAGACGCUGUGAAAACGCUGCAUGUGUGACUGGUGUAUAAUCGCUCUCAUGGACAACCAGUCAUCUUCAGUUCUGGUUCUUGUGAACUUUUGUGGCACUUACUCAAGCUGUUAAACUUGGUUGUCUGUGGACUUUAUUCAGUCAUUGAUUGUCUUUCUGUGUGUCUGUCUGGAUUCAUUCAUUCAUGUCAUGAUGUGUUGCACAGAAGCUUCCCAGACCUUGUAUCUCUGAGUGGAACUUGAUUGACAGUGUGUGUGUGUGUCUUGGCUGUGGUUAUGCCGAUAACUCAGGUGUUUGAGAGAUGUGUGAUCUGAAUACAGAAAAAGAGUGAAUAAAGAAAUGUAUUGGGAAAUUCUCAUCAUGCCUUAAAGUUCUCAAGUCUUGUGUGGUUUCUUACACACUUCUUCCCCUGCUGUUUUGAAAUAUGUGUGCUUCGGCAAUGCACUUUUGGAUUAGAUGGCCAGCAAGCAAAACUUGUCUUAUUUGUAUAUAAUAAUUUUUUGAGUGUGUUGGAUCCCAUAUUUGGUGGCCUAAAUGAGGUGUUCUAAUUUUACACAUUGGGCUUUCGUGGUUUCUUUGCAAACAAAAAUAAAAGUCCUUGGAUUUAA